GUACCAAUAAUAAAACUUACUGACCAGGAGACAGAAGUGAAAGUUGACAUCAGUUUUAAUGUAGAAACUGGUGUGAAGGCAGCUCGAUUUAUCAAGGAAUACAUGAAGAAAUACUCUUUGCUGCCUUACUUGAUUUUAGUAUUAAAACAGUUCCUCCUUCAGAGGGACUUGAAUGAAGUUUUUACUGGUGGAAUUAGCUCUUACAGCCUAAUUUUAAUGGCAAUUAGUUUCCUGCAGCUGCAUCCAAGAAUUGAUGCCAGAAGAGCUGAUGAAAACCUUGGAAUGCUUCUGAUAGAAUUUUUUGAACUCUAUGGAAGGAAUUUUAACUACUUGAAAACUGGUAUUAGAAUAAAAAAUGGAGGUGCCUAUAUUGCCAAAGAAGAAAUCAUGAAAGUCAUGACUAAUGGAUACAGACCAUCCAUGCUAUGUAUUGAAGAUCCUCUCCUGCCUGGAAACGACGUUGGCAGAAGUUCUUACGGUGCCAUGCAAGUGAAACAAGUUUUUGAUUAUGCCUACAUUGUUCUUAGCCAUGCAGUAUCACCACUUGCAAGAUCAUAUCCAAAUAGAGAUUCUGAGAGCACACUAGGUAGAAUCAUCAAAGUGACCCAAGAAGUGAUUGACUACAGGGCUUGGAUUAAAAAGAAGUGGGGGAGCAAAAUUAAUUUAUCACCUGAACUUGAUAAUAGGUUGAAAAUAAGAGACCAGAUAACUCCAUGCAAUGGAGAACAGCAACAGAAUAGAGACUCUGAACCAUCUUACAACCAACGCUUGGCUUUGUCUUUGGCUAGUACGCAACAGUUAUCCUCUGGCUCAUCUGCCUCUUCUGUAUCAUCACUCUCCGGCAGUGACAUUGAUUCUGAUACACCACCUUGCACAGCUCCUAAUGUUUACCAGUUCAGUCUGCAAGCACCGACUCAGCUUAUGGCCAGUUUACCACCCGCAUUGCCUAUGCCAAGUGGUAAACCUCAAUCUGCGCCUACGAGAACCUUGAUAAUGGCCGCCAGUAAUCAGCAGCACAGUGGAAUGAAGUUUUCCAUGAAAGGAACUCAUAACCAAGGCAACAGCUACAGUCCCGUCAGCAGUGGAGGCAUGAGGCAACCAGUUGGUAACCGAGGACACCACCAGUACAAUCGUAAUAUAUGGAGAAGAAAAAAACACAGAGACAGUUUGCCUAUUAGUCUGAGCAGAUAA